CCGCUUCCGCUUCCGCUCUCGGCCGAGGCUGCAGAAAGAUGGCGGCAGCCGUGGUGGCCUCCGUCCUGCCGGGCACCUUGGGGCGGCUGGUGUCUGCUUGCGGCCGCAGCGUCCUGAGGGCAUCCAGGCCCGGAACAGCUCCCCCGUGGUCUGCUCCUCGGAGGCUCAGUUCGCAGCGCACGUCGUCUCUUCGCGGGUGUGUUCCUAAAACAUCACUGGGGUCACCGCCUUGGCCAGACGUUGUCCUGCCAGACCCGGUUGAGGAGACAAGACACCAUGCAGAGGUGGUGGGGCAGGUGAACGAGCUGAUCGCCGCCGGCCGCUACGGCAGGCUCUUCGCUGUGGUGCACUUUGCCGGCCACCAGUGGAAGGUGACCGCUGAGGACCUGAUUUUAAUUGAAAAUGAGCUGGAUGUCGCUUGCGGAGAGAGGAUCCGGCUGGAAAAGGUCCUGCUGGUCGGGGCCGACGACUUCACGCUCCUGGGCAAGCCGCUCCUCGGAAAGGAUCUGGUUCGAGUAGAAGCCACAGUCAUUGAAAAGACAGAAUCCUGGCCAAAAAUCAAUAUGAAAUUUCAGAAAAGGAAAAACUACCAAAGGAAAAGAAUCACCGUGAACCCACAGACCGUCCUCAGGAUAAACUCCAUCGAGAUCGCUCCGUGUUUGUGCUGAUCGUCCAGCGGAUGUUUACGAGAAGUGAAAAUAAACUCGUUUUCCAGGCGA